AUGCCAGCAAAAUUCACACUUAUUUGUAUAAUUCAUUCAAUAAUUGAAAGAGACAUUACAGAGCACAUUGUGAGAGAAGCAAUCAUUAUAUUAAGGAGAGAAACAAAUGUAAACUUAGAACUAAGAAUAAUUACUUUUUUUCCUAAAAACUCCCAAGUAUCGAGAUGGAUUCCUCUUUUCGCUGACAGAAAUAUUUUAAGAUUUACUGGAAAAUUCGCACUUUCAAAAGACCCUCAUGAUGCUAUAGAAAUGAUAGCAAAUGCAACUGACCUUAUAAAUAUCAGUCGAGACAAUUUGCCAAUCAGUUCUAUUUCUGUUUUUCUUACAGGUUUCGUUGCAGAAAUGGAAUCAGUUCAAAGUGACAACCUAUUUAAAAUCAUUAAGCUAAACGUGACUGAAUUUGCUAGAAGUUCACAAGGUGGACCCAUAGGAAGAACAUUCUGCAUUAAAUGCAGAUACUUGAAAUCCGAUGGACGAAUUGAGAAAAAGGCAACUAGAAUCAAAAAAACUUAA